CAGGCCAUGAAGCCCAAUCUCUAUUAGGCCCUAUAGCCAACACGAAAAAACAAAAAACAAAAAAGCCGAUCACCUCUAUUACAAAUGAAACCCUAAUUCGGGCCAUUCUUAUCAACUUCCUCCGUUACACUUCCGCCUCUUCUCAGUUCUCACCCAGCACAAACUCCUUCUCUCUCGCUCCUCCCCAACAAAUAUGCCUUUCAAGAGGUACGUAGAGAUCGGAAGGGUUGCCAUCGUCAACUACGGCAAGGAGUAUGGCAAGCUUGUCGUCAUUGUUGAUGUCAUAGACCAGAACAGGGCUCUUGUUGAUGCGCCUGACAUGGUUAGAAGCCAGAUAAACUUCAAGAGGCUUUCUCUCACAGAUAUCAAGAUUGACAUCAAAAGGGUUCCAAAAAAGAAAACUCUUAUUGCUGCUAUGGAGGCAGCUGAUGUGAAGGGAAAAUGGGAAAGCAGCUCUUGGGGAAGGAAGCUGAUUGUUCAGAAGAAAAGGGCUAAUCUCAAUGAUUUUGACCGAUUCAAGCUGAUGCUAGCAAAGAUCAAGAAAGCUGGUGUUGUCAGGCAAGAACUUGCUAAGCUUAAGAAAGAAACUGUUGCAUGAGUUGGAGUUUCUUUUCUUUGUUUGCAGUGAGGAGUUUGGUUUAUGAUUUUGGAAGUUGUAUUUUCUUUUUGUAGCAGAUUGUGGUUUGGACUUUUGAGGCCAUUAUUACAAUGACAAAUUAUAAAAUUUAUGAAAUUUAUUUCCACCUAUUAAUUA